CGUGGCCUAUCCAUCCCGUCAGGCCGUGCGGUGAAAGGGUUGCGGCCUAUCCAUCCCGUCAGGCUGUGCGGUGAAGGGGGUGCGGCCUGUUUUUGCAGUCAGGGUGUGCGGGGUAAUGGCGGUCGAGGCUCCGGGUGAGAGCAGUUCAGUCCAGAACCUCCUGUCGUCCGGCCUCCUGGAGCUGCUGAGACCGGCGGUGCGGGAAGUGGAUCAGCAGGUUCAGGGAGUGAGGGAAAGUCAGCUGGAUCUUCGCGAACAGAUCGACAACCUGGCGGCGGAAUUGUGUAGGAUUAAUGAAGACCAGAAGAUGUCACUCGACUUGGAUCCAUAUGUGAAGAAGCUGCUGAAUGCCAGACGAAGGGUGGUGCUAGUCAACAACAUCUUACAGAAUGCGCAGGAGCGACUGAGACGGUUAAACCAUAAUGUUGCUAAGGAAACAGCUCGUCGUAAAGCCUUGCUAGAGUCUGGGAUUCUGCUUCCUGGUUCUCCAAAUAAAUGAAGAAAUCUUCUGAAGAACCGAAAUACUACAAACUGCUGGAGUUGGGGGAAAAUUAUAUGAUCUCUAUAUGGAUUCACCAGAUUGUAUUUUCGAAGCUUGGAAACUAAGGCAAGACUGGAGAGCUUGUGUGGAGAGGAGAUACAAAAGGCUUAAAGCUAUCAGAAUAACAUUGGGCUUCUACAAUUCCUGAUCUCUGCUACAGGUCACAGCAACAAACCUAUAACUCAUUGGUGGCUUCAUUUAGUAGAGUCAGAUCAGAAUAUCUCCUGAGGUUUUUCAUGUUUGGGCAAUGCUUGAAUUAUGGAACAAGUUAGAACUGCUGCAUCCUGCUUAGAUCUAACAUCCAAUGAGGUUUCUUAAAUGGUCACUUUUUUUUGAAUAAUGUUAUACACCAGUCAGAGUAGAGAUAUUUAAUUUCUGCAGCUUCCUGCUUAUUAAUUUUCAAAUUAAUGACCAAUUGUGUGUCUCCAUCCCUCCUGAGUGACGACCUUGACAUAAUUGAUAAGAUGCUAAUUAGAAGCUUUGUUUAAAGCGUUUCCUAAUGGAACCAGGCAGUGCCCUUGCUGAGAAUCAUGUCCUUAUAUCACAACACACUUUCCCCCUCCCCAUUUGAACUGAUGCUUCAAAGCAAUGAUGCCUUGCAAAAUCUCUGUUUGACUCCGACUGAGCAAGAGUCACUUAGGUAUUAACCUUUCCCACCUGUAUAAAAAUAAGUAAUACAGUAACUUUUUUGUGAUGCAGAAUGUGUCUAAUGAGAUCCUUUUUGGCUGUUUCACAUUUAUAAUAAGUUCUAACUGAUGCCAGUGAUAUUGUUCAAUGAGCCUCUCGGUGGUUCAGUAGGUGGCUGCAGGCUGCUGCUUAGCUCCACAGAACUCAAGAUUCUAAGGUGAGUUAGGAAAAAAUAGAACUGCAAACUCACUGCAGUUAGCUUAGGCUUUUUUCUGUAAAUAUCCUAACCUGCAGUUCUAAUGAACUUAGCAUUUUGACAAUACUUUGAACAACAGUUUAAAAAGAACAAAGAUUAUUUUAUUUACUAGACUAGCCUGGAAUUCACAUCAGAACGCAGGAAUAGGAACGUAAGAAAUAGGAACAGGAGUGGGCCAUUUAGCCCAUGAGCCUGCCGUGCAAUUCCGUAGGACAUAGUGGACCUUCAACUCAGCUGCAUCUUCCCGCAUUAUUCCUUAAACCUGUUGAUUUCUUGAGUGGAAUAUAAGAACAUAGGAACAGGAAUGGGCCGUAUGGCUGCUCAAGCCUGCUCUGCCAUUCAACUAGAUCAUUGCUGAUCCACCUCAACACCAUCUUCCCACACUAUUCCCAUAGCCCAUAAUACCUAGAAAUUUACCUAUCUCUGCCUUGAACAUAAUGACAGAACUCCCCUAACCCUCUGGGGUAGAGAACUCCAAAGACUUACCACCCACUGUGUGCAGAAGAUCCUCCUCAUCUCAGUCAUAAAUGGCCGACUCCUAAUUCUGAGACUGUGUCCGAUGGUUCUAGACCCACCCCCUCCCAGCUGCGGGAAACAUCCUUCCUGUAUCUACCCUGUUGAGGUCUGUAAGAAUUUUGUAUACUUCAAUGAGUUGCCUCUCGAUCUUCUAAACAUGAGAGAGUACGGGCCCAGUCUCCUCAAACUUUCCUCAUAGGAAACUUGAAUAACUUCCCAGAAAGACUAGGGAACCAAGGGUCUAGUAAGAAGGAAGAAUUAAAGGACAUUAGUAUUACUAAAGCAAUAGUGCUGGAGAAAUUAAAGGGACUGAAAGCUGAUAAAUCCCCAGGGCCCGAUAAUCUACAUCCCAGGGUAGUAAAGGAGGUGUAGAUUCUAGAACAGUCCUGGCAGAUCGGAGGAUGGCAAAUGUAACCCCAUGUCGCGGAAUAACGGAGUGAACACUCAGACCCUGGAGGCUUGUCUAGGAAGUCUUUAUUAAAGUCCUGAUAUCACGGAGAGCCUAGUCGCUUACAACGCAGAGAACCAGUCUCUGACUAACACCUCUUUAUAUACAUGGAUAUAGCAAAAGGUUUGUGACAGAAACUUGGGCAAUUACAAUAGUUUCAAAUGGCUUCAAAGGAUAGCGUUCAGUGUUAAUGAUUUAACGAUUACACAGGACAAUGUCAAUGGUUUAGCAAAUAGGACAAUGUCUAUGGUUCAGCAAAUAGAUAGUGUUAAUGGUUACAUAUCCUGGGCAAUGCACGCACAAUAGUUUUUUUCCUCUUGGAUUUUGCCACCGUAUCUGACAUCCGGAGCCCCUUAGUCUGGGAAGGUAGCACUGGCCCUUUGAUUUGCUCAUUUAUGUGCUGGCUGCCUGACUGUUUGGGGACAUUCGACAGUAAUUUCAUUAUACAUGUAUUUUAAUUUCCUUUCUCAAUUAUACGUGUAGUUUAUUUCAUUCACAAUUACACGUGUAGUUUAUUUCAUUCACAAUUACACGUGUAGUUUAUUUCAUUCACAAUUACACGUGUAGUUUAUUUCAUUCACAAUUACACGUGUAGUUUAUUUCAUUCACAAUUACACGUGUAGUUUAUUUCAUUCACAAUUACACGUGUAGUUUAUUUCAUUCACAAUUACACGUGUAGAUUAUUUCAUUCACAAUUGCACGUGUAGAUUAUUUCAUUCACAAUUGCACGUGUAGAUUAUUUCAUUCACAAUUGCACGUGUAGAUUAUUUCAUUCACAAUUGCACGUGUAGAUUAUUUCAUUCACAAUUGCACGUGUAGAUUAUUUCAUUCACAAUUAUAUGUGUAUUUCAUUUCAUUCACAAUUAUACACAUAUUUUAUUCCUCCACAGUCCCUCCUUGUUAAUCUUUUCUUUUAGAUUAACACCAGUGAGUAAUAAUAUCUUCAUCAUCAUACAGGGGUUCGUAGCCAUGAGGAAAAGGCCGGUCCCUGGCAGGGUAAACUUUCUCUCCCCACCAGUGGGCUUCGCUGGGGCCAGUGCACAUCAUUUGUGGAAUGAUUGGGGCACCCCCUAAUCCAGUAGAGACACUAUUGAUAAUCUGGGAGCAGCCAAUCGGUAAAGUAACACUAUGACACACGCUACGACUAUCCCAAUGAAAAAGUACAGCAACCAACUUCCCCAACCGGAAAACCAACCUAGUAUUGUAGACCACGGAGAUUUUUUUUUUUAUAAAAAUUGCUUGAACUUU